AUGGUAGAGCUCCAAGAGGCCACUGUGUACUGGGAUGCUGCCCAGAAAUGUGUGAUCCUGAAGGAAGGGGUGAUGGAAACAGAAGGGGGAGCCUACGGUUACUUCAAUGACACUCUACUCCUCUCUGGAUGGGGAGUCUUGGAGAUCUGUGCAGGUCAUGGAGGAAUCGCACAGGAAGAUGAGACCACCUUCUUCCUGGCUGGGUACCUGGAAGGUUAUCUCACUGCUGGACAGAUGUUCAACCAUUACUCCAACAUGUACCCUCAACUCCUAAAGGACGAGAAGGUUUUGAAUCCCCUGAAAAGAUUUCUGAGCAAGCAGGACCAGUGGGCCAGAGAGCAGGUGAAACUGAGGAGACACAGCGACCCCUUGUGGAACCACCUAGGACUGAUCCUGGCCCAGCUGGACGGACUCCACGCUGGAGCUGCACGGUGGGCCAAAAGCAAUCACAGAGAGCCUCUACCAGCGUUUGCCCUCCAGUUUCUGAAUGGUGUUGGCGACCUCCUGGACCUCGUCCCAGCUCUGACGCCUCGCUCCAACUCCUCCACAGGGCCCGGUGCUUUCAGGAUGCCAGGAAUGGGCCACUGCACCGCUCUCAUCAAGGUGCUGCCAGGCUUUGAGAACCUGCUGUUUGGUCACUCCAGCUGGUAUACAUAUGCAGCCACCAUGCGCAUCUAUAAACACUGGGACUUCAGGGUGUCUGACACAAACAUCGCCACUGGAAAAAUGUCGUUCAGCAGCUACCCUGGCUUCCUGAUGUCUCUGGACGACUUCUACCUGCUUGGGAGCGGCCUGCUGAUGACUCAGACCUCCAUCGGGGUCUUCAACGUCUCUUUGCUCUCCCAGCUCAGCCCUCACAGCCUGCUGGCCUGGCAGAGGGUCCGCCUGGCCAACAGCCUGGCGCACAGCGGAGAGGAGUGGGCGCAGGUCUUCUCCAGAUACAACUCAGGAACAUAUAACAGCCAGUACAUGCUGGUGGACCUGAGCAGGGUUUCUCUGGGUCACAGUAUCAGGGAUGGAGCUCUGACUGUGGUGGAGCAGAUUCCCGGGAAGGUGAUGCACUCUGAUCAGACUCAAGCUUUACGCAGAGGUUAUUGGCCAUCCUACAAUGUACCAUUUCAUGUUGAAAUCUACAACCUGAGUGGGUACAGUGUGAUGUGGAAGAGAUACGGAGAGGACUUCUCAUACGACCUCUGUCCCCGAGCCAAAAUCCUCCGCAGGGACCAGGCCAAGGUGUCAGACCUAAACUCCCUCAAACACAUCAUGAGAUACAACAACUUCAAGAGAGACCCUUACUCCAAGGGGCAUCCAUGUAAAACCAUCUGUUGCCGUAACGACCUGAGACCAAGGAGACCACGUACAGGAGGUUGCUAUGACACUAAGGUGACGGACUACCAGAUGGCUGUCCAGCUGAUCGCGGAGGCAAUAAACGGCCCAACGACACAGGGGGGCCUGCGUCCGUUCUCAUGGAAAUCAUUCAACCUCACCACUCAUCAGGGUCUUCCACACACCUACAACUUUCCCUUCGUCACUAUGAGGCCCACACUGCAUCGGCCCUAA